GCGCAUGCGCGUAGACGCACCUUAUCCGCGGAGCUUCAAGCGCCUGCUGUUCCUGUUUUAAACUUUUACAUGUUUCUUCCUGUUAUUUCUUCAUGAAAUGUCAGGUUGGCGGUGUAUUACAGCUGUUUUAGUUUCUGUCUGCGCCCUCAUUCCUCCCUCGGGUGGUGGAAAUGUCGAGUUGAACGGCUCCACAGUCCAAUUCAACUUAUUUAGGCAACGCUUUCAUCGCAGGUAUGAAGUCGGCGGGGCGGAAUUCAGCAGUCGUUAUCUCAAUUUUCAGGAUGCUGCAAUGCGGCAUAUGCACCUGAGCUCAUUUUCCACAGAGCCACAGUCUGCCAAGUACGGCGUCAACCAGUUCUCUGACCUCUCGCAGGAGGAAUUCAGGGAUGUUUAUCUGCGAGCGAUCGGUGACGGCGCUCCUCUCUUCCCCGGGCCGAGCGAGCAGGGGCUUCCUGCCAAAUUUGAUUGGAGGGACAAAGCGGUGGUGGCACCGGUCCAGAACCAGCUAGCAUGUGGGAGUUGCUGGGCGUUCAGCGUGGUCGGAGCUGUACAGUCCGUCUCUGCUAUGGGAGGCUCGCGGCUGCAGCAGCUCAGCGUGCAGCAGGUCGUGGACUGUUCCGUCAGAAACGAAGGCUGCAACGGAGGCUCCCCGUCCUGGGCCCUCAGCUGGUUAUCACAGACCAAAGUGAAGCUGGUCACUCAGUCAGAAUAUCCGUACAAGGCCAAGACGGGACUCUGCCAUUUCUUCCCGCAGUCCCACGAUGGUGUCACCGUGAAAAACUUCACAGUGUUUGACUUCAGUGGUCAAGAAGAGGCGAUGAUGGCUCAGCUCGUGAAGUUUGGUCCUUUGGUUGCGCUUGUUGAUGCUGUGAGCUGGCAGGAUUAUCUGGGAGGAAUCAUACAGCAUCACUGUUCCAGCCGCCGGUCCAACCACGCCGUUCUGGUCGUUGGAUACGACACGACUGGGGAAAUACCUCACUGGAUUGUGCAGAACUCCUGGGGAACUGCAUGGGGGAACGAGGGCUACGUUUAUAUAAAAACUGGUGCAGACAUCUGCGGUAUUGCAGACUCGGUGGCAGCUGUUUUUCUUUGACAACAGUUUGUAAAUUGUUAUCUGAGUCAUCAUACGGGUUUGUGUGAGACGUUGUGGGUGGGUGUUUACCAGUGCCAAAUUGAAAUCAUUCAUCUGUUUGCCUUCAGUGUCAGUUUGGAUAAUGUUUUUAUUGAAAUGUGGCCCAUCUUGUAUAUCUAAACAAAAUAAAUCACUUCA